AUGAGUCAAAUCUCACCGAUUUGUCAACAGCACUGGUUUUAUAAAUUCGUGAAACAACGGUACGGCAAAGCUUUAGCGAGCUUUUAUUCAUACAUGGGCUCGGUGCUAAUCAACAAAAAGCCAUGUGGCAUGAUAACCGGUGGACGGCCAAUACUACCAUUUUAUGUAUCCGAGCGAAUCUGUAAGCAAAAGGAUCUCCUGGGUGUUGAUCAGAUGAACAGCUGUCAAGUCGAUUAUCAGAAACUGUCGCGAAUCUGUAAGCAAAAGGACCUCCUGGGUGUUGAUCAGAUGAACAGCUGUCAAGUGGAUUAUCAGAAACUGUCGGUGAACGGUGGCGAGUGCAUGCUGUGGCCAGCUGACGAGGUGGACCUCAGUCAAGUUGAGCCUGUUUUCCAGAAAGAAAUACGGUCGCUGAAAUGGUAUGAAUGUGUUGUGCAGGAAAAGCAAAGUGAGCAAGUCGAGAAAGAGGAAACGGGACAAAGUCUGUCGAUGUUGCUGCUUCCCGUUCCGGCCGAAUCCAAACACCUAUCAAUGUGA